AUGUUAGUACAACAUAACAAGAUAAUUUUUUAUUGUGUUUGUUUUGCCUUCUUGAAGCUUAACCUUGGAGACGAUAUCGUGAAAGUUGUAAUCGAUUGGAGCAAGCUUCAAAGCACAUCAGCACUUCAGCCAACAUUGCUCUUUAGUGCACUUCAGCAGCAUAUUUUAUGUUUGCAGCCUCUUUUAGAAAAACUCCAGUCAUUGAUUAAAGAGGAAAAUAUAGGCCAUGUUGAACCUGCAGGUAAAACAGAAGGCCAGACUUGUGAAACAAGUUUAGAUGUUUAUGAUGGUAACUGUCAGACUGAAGAAAAGUAUGCAAGUUAUGACUUGGGAGAUCUGAAAGGUGCUCAUAUUAAUUUUGAUCCAGAGGUGGUCCAAAUAAAAGCUGGAAAAGCAGAAAUUGACAGGCGGAUAUCAGCCUUCAUCGAGAGGAAACAAGCUGAGAUCAAUGAAAAUAAUGUCAGGGAAUUUUGCAAUGUUAUUGAUUGUAAUCAAGAAAAUAGCUGUGCCAGAACAGAUGCAAUUUUCACACCCUAUCCUGGAUUUAAAAGCCAUAUAAAGGUUUCUAGGGUAGUAAAUACAUAUGGACCUCAGACUAGAUCUGAAGGAGCACAUGGGUCCAGUCACAAAGCCAAUGUACCCAUUCAUGAUUGUGGAAACCAAGCUGUUGAGGAGAGAUUGCAAAACAUUGAAGCACACUUACGGUUACAAACAGGUGGUCCUGUACCAAGAGACAUUUAUCAGAGAAUUAAGAAGCUUGAAGAUAAAAUCCUUGAGCUGGAAGGACUGUCUCCUGAAUAUUUUCAAUCUGUAAGCUGUUCUGGCAAGAGGAGAAAGGUUCAACCUCCCCACCAGAACUAUUCAUUGGCUGAACUUGAUGAAAAGAUCAAUGCUAUAAAACAGGCAUUACUGAGGAAAACAAAAGAAAGCAAGUCCAAGGAGGCUGAGCGACUUCUUCGAUAAAAAAAAAAAAGUCUUUUCAGAGUCCUCACCAUGCUUUACACAUACCUAAACCAUAGACCUGAGUAGUGUUCAUCAAGGAUGACUUUAGCAAUGAAAGCAAAGCGUGCAUAUAAGCUUCUUUUGGAUGAUCUUGAAAGCUUUCUUUCAGAAAAAAUUGAAAAACAGUCUUAUUAAUGAAAUAGUUACUUUAAAAUGAAGAAUGUUUUAGGAAUAGCAUUCUAAUAAUCCAUUCCCUUCUGUUAUAAAGGAGGAUUGCAGCAUUGUUUGUAUGUGGGAAGUCUUAACCUGCAUACAAAAGCUACAUUUCGCAUGUAAUUCUUGAUGAUUCAGUAUUCAGAAGGGUUAUCUUUUGAAUACUUUUCAUGUAAGUAGUUUGCAUAGACUUGUGAAAUAAAAUUAAAUACUUCCGCAUAAGUAAACUGUCUUAGGAAAAAAAAUUACAAAAAAAACUUGCAGUAUGCAUGCUUACCUGCAUUUUUUUCAUAUUUGUCACUGUUUUCACAGCUGUUAGAAAUGCAGCAAAUUGCAUUUCUGUUUGAAAGAUGGUUAUGGAAAUCCUAUAUGUGUAAAUAGAGACACCUGUUCUUCACUUCCUCAGUGUCCUGCAGGAAUUCAAACUGCAUACCCUGCUAACAAACUUAAUAUAUUCUAAAGACCACUCCAGGGAAGGUUUUGAGGAGCAUGCCAGCAGGCACCAGCUUCCCUUCCUUCCAUAUGCAUGCUUACAUGACUUCUGAAGCAUGGAUGCUGGGUACGUAGUUUAAAUUAAAGUCAGACCUUUAGCCACACACUGAAGUGUGGUUUUGUUUUGGUUUUUUAAAAUAAACCAUUUUCUAUUUAUACCA